GAGUUAAUUUCAUACUCGUCUUCUCUUCUUCCUCGCCUCAUAUGACUGCGAAAAGAAAUUCUACAAAGCCUUUUGGUCUUCCUCUUCCACUUUUUGCUUCUGGGGUGCUCUUUCUUUUCGUGCAGCUGCGAGUGAUGCCACUUCAAUCCAAAGCAUGGAAAUGAACUUUGCUUUUUGAGUCACCUCUGUUUUUCAUGUGUGGUGUAUAGGCCAUUGCCAAAGCUUUCCAUAGUUGAAUAAUGGCUGUUGAAACUUCUGGUGGAGCAAACUUGUUAUGUGGUUCUGAUAUUGGAAAUGAUGAUGAUGUUCCUGUCCAGAUUUCUGAUAUGGGAGGAACAUCUAGCAGCAAAUCCUCACACAAUUUGGUUAAGAAAUCAAAGUCGUCUUCAUAUGAUGAUGAUGAUAUUGCUUUUUCCUCCAUAGUGAAAAAGACGGCUGUAUCAGCUGAUAAAUCGUUAUCCAUGUUGAAGAAGUUCAUAGAUAAAGAACUUGCCUUGGUUGAGGAAUGCCAAAGGAAGAGGCAAGUGGAAGAGCAGCGGUUGCACUCCCUGCAGACAAAAAUUGAAGAAUGUGUCUGCGAUUUUGUGACCAAGGAAGCACAACACAGUUUGUUGGAGGACUUGCUCAGAGAGUGCGAGCUACAGCUCAAGACAAAAGAGGUAGAAAUUCAUCAAGUCAUGCAUAACAUGAAUAAAGAACAAGAAAGGAAGGAAGAGGAACUUGAGAUUAUUUUCCGAAAAGUUGCCCGAUGUACUAAGGAACUCAAGACCAAAGAGGAAAAACUUGAUGCAAUAAACAAGUUAAUUGAUGGACAAUCAAAAGAACUGGAUAAGGUAAUCUCAACAAGGGCUGCUCCGUGUGCUCAAAUGAAGGACUUUGAGUCAAUGAAGAAGCAACUUGAUGGCCGGAUUAAGGAGUUUAACUUCAAAGAAGAGGAAUUUAGACGUCAAGUGAAGGUCAUUGAAUCAAAUUUUGGAAGCCAAGCAAAGGACCUUGAGUCAAAAAGGAAGCAACUUGAAGAGCAACUAAAGGAGUUCAAGUUAAAAGAGAAACAACUAAAAUGUCAAGAGAAGGAGCUUGAGUCAAAAAACAAGUAUUUUGAUAGCCUAGAGAAGGAGCUCAAAUCACAAAAGAAGCAACUUGAAGAUGAACCUGAACUGCUUGAAAAUGAGAUUCUAGUUGAUCUUGAAGCAACAUCGGAUCCAUCAAAAGUUGUUUUGGAUAUAAUACAGAAUCCCAUUGUUUCACAGAUCAAGAAUGGAGAUGAUGCUGUAAUUAUGGACAGAAGCCACAUCUUUCUGCUACAACAACUUUUGAGAAUCUCACCACAAAUUAAACCUCAUGUAAGAGAAGACGCAAUGAAGCUAGCACUUGAUUUGAAAGCCAACAUGAGAACAAGUACUGAAAAUUCUUUGGAGGUUCUCGGCUUUGUACUCCUUUUGUCAAUUUAUGGAUUGGUUCCUACCUUUGAUGAAUAUGAAGUUUUAAAGCUUUUUGAAUUUGCUGCUCAGCAUAAGCAAGUUGUAGAGCUGUUUCAGACCCUGGGUUUUGUAGAUAAAAUCUCUGAUUUUGUUCAGAAACUUAUUAACAAACAGCAGUAUAUUGAAGCUGUUAGAUUCAUUUGUGCAUUUAAGUUGGUGGACAAGAAUCAACCAGUUGAUCUCUUGCGAGAAUAUGUGCAGAAUGCAAAACGGAUUUCUGAGAUCAGUUGCAAGAAUACCAACUCUCUUGAAAUCAAGGAUAAGGCCAGAGAUCAUGAAAUUGCCACUUUGACAAAUGUUCUACAAUGCAUUUCAGACAACAACCUGGAAUCUGAGGAUCUUUUUGAUGAGAUUAAAGAUCGCAUUCUUGAGCUAAAUAAGCAGAAGGACUGUUUAUCUAAGAUGGAAGAAGAUUGGAAACCAAAGUUGGGUGUGGCUUUUGAUAGCUUUGAGGAUGCUUGGAAGUUUUGGGCUGAUUAUGGUGGGAGAGUUGGAUUUGGAGCGAGAAAGCAAUAUACUCAUCGGAAAAAAGAUGGUUCAAUUUCGUCUUGUAGAUUUGUUUGUUGCAAUGAAGGGUUGCGAAAGCCUGACAAACGUGAUUAUAAAACAAUCAAUGCAAGACCAGAGACCAGAACAGAUUGUAAAGCAAGGUUGGGACUUAAGAAUAUGUGUGGGAAAUUGAUAGUGCAUGACUUUAUGGAGGAACAUAAUCAUAUUUUGUAUCUACAAGAAACAACUCAUAUGUUGUCAUCUCAAGGAAAAGUUUCAGAAGUUCAAUGUCAUCAAAAUGAUUUAGCAGAUGACGCUGAGCUACACCGAAGUAAAGGUUCGGUGGAGUGCCAACUUAGCAAAAGAAGAAAAAUUGAAUAAUGACACUAAAAAGGGGUCAAGUGCUACACAGUGAAGAAAAUACUAUGGUAACUCAAGUGCAUUAUGAAGUACCCAAACAAGUGCACCUACAAGGCUUAAUGUUGCAUGCAAUCAACAAUCCAUGGCAUUAUCAUGACUGUGAGAAUCAAACCUGUUAACAAGAGCAGUAGGACAUUUUAAAGUUACUAAAAAAGUAGUGAAGUUGGACAUAAAUGAAACAGAACAGACCUUAGGUGUUAGGUCUACAAGUUAUUGAAGAUCGAUGGAUAUAGAAGCCAAUUUUGUGGCUCAUUGUUUGGGGAAAUUCUCUUUAUUUCAUUAUGAUGAGGCCAGGUUGUCUAACUUUCCUUCUGCUGAUAAUUUUCUAAUACUAAUGAAUACUUAUGCUUCAA